UCAGUAAAGAUUUCCUGGCUUUCUUAUUGUAUGAAAACCCACAGAAGCGAUUUGCAGCGUCACAUUGUUGACUGAUUUUCUUUUUUUUAUUUCCAUGGCUACGAAAAGUAGAUCUCAACGGCGUUUGAACACAUGAGCCUGAACAUUGCACGUGUCAAGUGCUGGCUGUCGAACAGCAGUAACACUUGCUGUCCUCGGAGAAGAGGUGAUCCUGGCACGGACAAUCAGCAACCGCCGUAAUAUGCGCUCGGUGACCACCAAGGUGGCCAUUCAGCUGAACUGCAAGCUCGGUGGCGAAGCGUGGUGCCUGGACAUCCCUCUGGUCAACACAAUGGUGGUUGGCUACGACACGUACCACGAUUCGAGCUCGCGCAGGCUCUCGGCCGGUGCCUUUGUGGCCAGCAUGAACCGCUUGCUGACACGCUGGUACUCUCGUGUUGCCUUCCACGCCACGCAUCAGGAGCUGGGCAGCUCUCUGGGCCUUCUGGUGCAGGAUGCACUGCACAAGUACAUGCAGGUCAACUCUGGCUCGGCGCCAGACAGGAUCAUCUUUUUCAGGGACGGCGUCUCUGACGGCCAGAUACCACAGGUGCGAGAGUGGGAAAUCAAACAGAUUGUCAGCUCACUGGACGCCCUCUUCCCGGGCGUGGACCACAAGCUAGCCUUCGUGGUGGUCACCAAGCGCAUCACUACGCGCUUCUUCUCGCACCUGCCGAGCGGGGGCUACGGCAACCCUUCGCCCGGCACCCUAGUCGACACCGAGGUGACGCGCCCCGAGCGCUACGACUACUUCCUGGUGUCGCAGAGCGUCCGCCAGGGCACUGUGGCCCCGACCCACUACAACGUCAUCUACGACACGACAGGCCUCAAACCGGACCACAUGCAGCGGCUGACGUACAAGCUGACCCACCUGUACUUCAACUGGCCCGGCACCAUCCGAGUGCCGGCACCGUGCCAGUACGCACACAAGCUUGCCUUCCUAGCCGGCCAGUCAUUGCAUGCUGAGCACAGCCCUCGCCUGGCAUCCACCCUGUUCUACCUGUAACGGGCUCCGACCGCUCCCCGAGACGGGGUCGUGUCGAGAUGGAUGGACGGACUCGCAGUGUGCAGCUUCAACCUUGUGUCUUGCUAUGCAUCCGUCUGGAUAAUCUGCUAUUUUAGGAUAAUCUGUCAUUUUACAGAAGCAUUCUUUGCGUUUAUUCACGUAUAUCCAGUACAGACAUUUCAUUAAAUAGCUUACUUAUUGUCUGGA